AUGGGUAUCCUCACUCUCAAGGAAGAUCGGCCUACGCCGAAAGCCGUCUACAACUGGCGCGUCUAUGCUUGCGCCGCCAUUGCAUCAAUGGCUGCUUGCACCAUUGGUUACGACUCUGCCUUUAUCGGAACGACCCUUGCUUUGCCAUCGUUCGUUCAAGAAUUCAACUUUGAGAGCUACGACCCUGCCGCUUUGGCUCUUACCAAGCAAAACAUUGUGUCGGUUUAUCAGGCUGGUGCCUUCUUUGGCUCUCUAUUCGCCUAUGUCAGCAGUUACUUUCUCGGCCGUAGAUGGUCGCUCAUUCUGUUCUCUGCCGUCUUUAUGGUUGGCGCCGGCAUGAUGCUGGGUGCCAAUGGCGAUCGCGGUCUCGGUCUUAUUAUCGGCGGUCGUGUCCUGGCCGGUAUUGGUGUCGGUGGAUGCUCCAACAUGACACCAAUCUACAUCUCCGAAUUGUCGCCACCUGCUAUUCGCGGUCGUCUCGUCGGUCUUUACGAGCUUGGCUGGCAAGCUGGUGGUCUGGUCGGUUUCUGGAUCAACUACGGAAUUAACCAGCACCUCCCUCUCUCCCCUGGUCAGAAUGAGAAUGUCUGGCUUAUUCCCUUUGCUGUUCAGCUUAUUCCCGCUGGUCUUCUCAUGAUUGGCGCUGUCUUUAUUCCUGAGUCACCUCGAUGGUUGUUCUCCAAGGGCAAGCGGGAGAGGGCUAUCAAGAACCUUUGCUGGAUGCGAAACCUCGACGCAGAUGAUGUUUACAUUGUGGAGGAGAUCAACUUUAUCGAUGCCGAGAUUGAUCGUUACCACAGCGAUGUUGGUGCCGGUUUCUGGAAGCCUUUUGCCGCUCUCAAGAACCGCAAGGUUCAGUGGCGCUUCCUCCUCGGUGGUCUUCUCUUUGUGUUCCAAAACGGCUCCGGUAUCAACGCCAUCAACUACUACAGCCCUACAGUCUUCAAGUCCAUCGGCAUCACCGGCACAAACACCAGCUUCCUCACCACCGGUAUCUUUGGUGUCGUCAAGACUGUAUUGACUUUUGUCUGGCUUAUGGUUCUCAUUGAUCAGAUGGGUCGACGAAACCUUCUCAUGAUUGGUGCUGCUGGAGGUGCUUUCUGCAUGUACUUUAUCGGUGCAUACAUCAAGAUUGCCAACACCGAAUCCAAGCUCGCCAGCGGAGAGGAUGUUUCUCUUUCAUCAGGCGGCAUCGCAGCUGUCUUCUUCUUCUACCUCUACACCGCAUUUUACACACCCUCGUGGAACGGUACACCCUGGGUUCUCAACUCGGAGAUGUUCGACCAAAACACUCGCUCCCUCGGCCAAGCCAACGCCGCAGCCAACAACUGGUUCUGGAACUUUAUCAUCGCCCAAUUCACCGAGCAAAUGUUCCGAGCCUGGGGUUUCGGCGUGUACAUCUUCUUUGCCUCUCUCAUGGUUCUUUCCGUCUUUUUCGUCUUCUUCUGCAUCCCCGAGACCAAGGGUGUGCCUUUGGAAGCUAUGGAUAAGCUGUUUGAGACUAAGCCUAUCUGGAAGGCAAACAGGAUUGUCAUGGAGGACUUAAGAUUGCAGGAGGAGGAGUUUAGACAUAAUGCUGAUGGUGUUGAUUUGAGGGAUGAGAAGGCCAAGGCUGAGCAGAUUGAAGGAUAG